AUGCGGACAUCCACACAACUCGCCGCCCUGGCAUCCUCACUCCUCCUCCUCCCAUCCCUCACGCACGCCAUUAGCCUCGACUGCGCAAACAUCGUCGUCGAUAAAGUAAAAUUCGACUUGAGCCCGCUGAGUGGCGUGCACGAAAUCACCGAUUUCCAAGAAUUCGAAGACUACUCUGUAAACACCACCUAUGUCUUGAACAUUUGCAAUACGCUCCGUGGAGCUGCGACGAGGGAGGGCGUGAAGUGCGGGACGUCGAGGAACAUCUGUGGAUUUGAGAAAACACUGUACUCGGACGGCAGAUCAGAUGCUCUGAAAUCAUUACCAAUCGCCGGAUACGAGAAUUCCCUCGGCGGCGGAUCAAAGGAUGUCGAAAUCAAUCUGCUCAAAUCCCUCGAUCCAGAAACGGAAGGAGUCCGCGUCAAGAUCUCCGGAGGCACAAUACUCGAGCCAGAGUUUAAAAAGAAGUAUCCCGCCUCGGCAAUAAUCGACUUCCAAUGUGACCCUACCCGAACGGGUCUGGAAGGGCUCAAGAACGACGAUGAUUUAGAUCAGGCAACUGAUUCCAAGCUUCGCCGUGACGACGACAAAAAGGGUGACGGUGAUAAUAAUCAAGGAGGAGGACAAGAGGACAAACCCGACACCAAGAACUCAAGUCUCAUAUUCCAGAGUUUCGGCCUCGUCGACGAUAAGGAAGGCUUCGUCUUGCGCCUCGACUGGAAAACGAAAUAUGCCUGCGAAGAUUACAAACGGGAAAAUCCCGGCUCUGGUGGUGGUAGUGGUCGUGGUGGUCACUGGGGCUUCUUUACUUGGUUGAUUAUCAUUCUCUUCCUCUGCGUCGCAGCGUACCUCAUCUUCGGCUCCUGGCUCAACUACAACCGCUACGGCGCACGAGGCUGGGACCUACUCCCGCACUCCGACACGAUUCGUGACAUCCCUUAUAUUUUCAAUGAUUGGAUGCGCCGAGUCAUUAAUACAUUACAAGGUUCUGGGGGUUCGAGGGGGGGUUAUGCCGCUGUAUAA